UCUCUGCGUGCUUUAAUGCGAUGGUGUCCCAGCGAGAUCAAAUUUCAGCGUCUCUGCUGGGGAUUGGCUUCGCAGUCCCUCAGAGGAGAGUGUGAACAGGUGAUAUGUGCGAUCCCCUUUUGGCCGGCCUGCCCCGGGACCCUUACUGCUUGCUGCCCUGUCGCUCCUGCCCUCCCUCCACCACCACUGCAUGCUCCACUCAUAACAGGACAUGUGACAAACAAGGCUUUGGACUGCAAGACUCGCUGGUCCAGGACUCCAGAGCUGGAGACUGAGGCGGCCACCUAUUCCAAGCGCAGUGUGAACAGCCGGGACCUGAAGCUGGAGCAGGGCGCCGAGCUGCAGGCUCAUGAGGCUGCCCCCUUUGCUGACCUGGAACUACGGGAGGAGGCCUGUCAGGACCACGACCUCCUGAAGAGGGACUGCGACAUUGCCAAGAAACGCUCGGAGACCAGCUGUCCCUCUGUCAAAGCCAAGUCUGCCACGAUGAUUCCCGACUCCCAGAAGCUUCUGCAGUGUGAGCUGGAGUCACUCAAGAGCCAGCUCCAAGCCCAGACCAAGGCCUUCGAGUUCCUGAACCACUCGGUGACCAUGCUGGAGAAGGAGAGCUGCCUGCAGCAGAUCAAGAUCCAGCAGCUGGAAGAGGUGUUGAACCCCAUGGGCCGCCAGGGGGAGAAGGACGGGUGCAAAUGGGGCACAGAGCGAGGUCGGCAGGAGCUGUAUGGGGCGCUGGCCCAAGGCCUUCGGGGACUGCAGAGGACCCUGCGCGAGAGCGAGGAGCUGCAGCGGUCGCGCACCACCCGCUGCCUGCAGCUGCUGGCCCAGGAGAUCCGGGACAGCAAGAAGUUCCUGUGGGAGGAGCUGGAGUUAGUGCGGGAGGAGGUGGCCUUCGUCUACCAGAAGCUCCAGGCGCAGGAGAACGAGAUCGCAGAGAACCUCUCCAACAUCCAGAAGGUGCAGAGGACACAGGUGAAGUGCCGCAAGGUCCUGACAAAGAUGAAGCAGCAGCAGGGAUAUGAGCCAUCUUCCUGUCCUGAGGCUGAGGAGGCACUGUCAGGGAGCAGUGGCUGGAAGGAUGACCUCCAGAAAGAGCUGAGUGACAUAUGGUCUGCAGUCCAUGGGCUGCAGAAUUCCAUUGAUGGCCUCGCCAUGUCCUCAGAAACCAAACGCAGGGCGCCUAGCCUCAGGGGCAACAGGGGACACCGAUGCCUGAGCCCGGGGCUCCCUUCCUGGGACUCAGAACCCCACUGGGAGCCACCACCUUUCAGCAAGAGCAGAUCCUUCCCUUCCGGUGGGGAUCCUCCCCGCCCCUCGCUUCCCCUUCGCUCCUGGCGGGCCUCACUUGCUAGCUUGGGGCCCCCGGGGCCCCCAGGCCCUGAGCCACCUUCUCUCUCCACAGCUUGAGCAGUCGGGGACUGCUCAUCCUGAAGACUCCUCCGGAGAGAA